AUAGUCGAGCCUUUUCUUUUAUAUAUGUUAUGUGUGUUACUGUACUAUUCCUUUUUCAGUGUUAUAUUAGCCGCCACCUUUUCUGUCUUCGUAAUGAGUUUAGUUAUUGUUCUGAGCGGAUUAUCUUGAUAAAUAAAGAAGAAGUAACAUCUCAUUUUAAAAGAGCUAGGCUAUUGUAUCAUCAAAUAUAUUCAUUUUCAAUAACAUUAAGAUAAGAAACAAUUCUAGCCCGAGUCGCCGUUGCACCCGGGUCUUGUAUCUCAUCCUAUCGCACAUAUAUUCUAGGGGGUCUUCUAGAGCGCCCCUCAAAAAAGCCGAUUUUCUAGCAAAAAAUCCCUUACUGAAGUAGCGAGAAAUUUCUUUUUUUUCUUAAACGGCGCUAGACAAACUAGAGAACAAUUGCGCUGAGCACAGUUGAGAUAUCGAAAGACUGUGUUGCUUUGAUAGGCAAAGAUUCGUCGCCAGCUAGUUUUCUCAUUCAUCCAACCAUCCAUUUUUCGAAAACAAACGAGUUCGAAACGAAAUUCAAAAAUACCACGGAAAAAAGAGAAAAAACUUAUUUUUACCUUUCAUUGGAAACGGCGCAGCGGAAAAUUUUUUUUGUAAGUCCGAAAUGCAUAUACCUUUCACCUCGAGCCGUCUAGGACUAAAUCCAGAUAAGUUUAGAGGAAAAGAACUUCCAACAACCCUUAGCUAUCACAGAAAACCUAAUCUCCUUUUCAAAAUUAUUCUAACUGACGUACUUUCUAGACCAUGUCGUGACGCUUUUGCAGAAAUGAUGACUAAAGAAAGAACAAAAAUCACUUUUAUGAAUCAAAAAUACGUAAUUUCUUUCGAUAUAGAAGCCACAUUUUCAGACCGAAAAAUCGAUAAAAAAGGGGUCUGCUGACGUGUUUUUUGCGCUAUUAGCUUAAGGGGGUCUUGUAUUAAGGGAGGUCUUCUAUUGUGUCCAUCCCUUCAGGAGCUUCUUUUUAGAGAAUUUAUCUAGAAAAUCUGACCCUAAUCUACUCUUCGUUUUACUUUAUGUAAAAGCAAAAGAUCUUGUAUGGAUUGAAGAUACCAAAACAUUGGCUGAUUUUCCGCCUCUGAACAGACCCAGAAUCAUUGCAAUUGAUUACAAUGAUGGUACAUUGUACACUGUUGCCUAUGGCGAUAAUGGCAGUGUUCUAAAAUAUGAUCAGAAAACUAGUACGGCUACAAGACCAUUUGGACAAUUUGCACGUUGUGUGCAUAUCAAUCAAAAAACUCAAAAUGUAUACAUGGGGACGGGAUCUGGAACUAUACUUCGAUUUGCUCCAGAUGGAGCUGGAGAGACCGUAGUUGCUGGUGGUAACGGUCAAGGUACGAAUCUGGAGCAAUUUCAAUAUCCAUCUGGCCUGACCAUGGUUCAGUACGAUAAUCUGUACAUCUCAGAUCAUACUGUUCAUCGAAUUACGAAAUGGGCACCGAAUGCCACACUUAGUGAACUUGUUGGUGGUGUGGAUGGGGCUGGCAAUGAUUCGACUCAUUGA